UUCACAGACACCUCAAAUGCCCACACUUGAACGCCUGAAUGAUAAGUUGUUUAGCCAACAGAAGGACUACGAGCGUCACCCUGCGCGGAUUUAACACGAAUAAGGCUUGAAAUUUACUAUUUGUACUUAAUUAUACGCCUGUAAGACUGCAACGAGUUUGGAACUGUUGAGCCUAUGCCAUGGAAUUUCCAGAUCUUGGAGAACAUUGUUCAGAGAAGACCUGCAAGCGUUUAGACUUCCUUCCCAUGAAAUGUGACGCCUGUCAAGAAAUAUUUUGCAAGGACCAUGUCACUUACGCGCACCACAAAUGCACCUCGUCUUACAAAAAGGAUGUCCAGGUCCCCGUGUGCCCAUUGUGCAACAUCCCCAUUCCUAUCAAGAGAGGAGAGACGCCCGAUAUUAAAGUCGGGGAGCACAUCGAUCGGGAUUGCAAAUCGGAUCCCGCACAACGGAAAAGGAAGAUUUUCACCAACAAGUGUUCCAAAGGAGGUUGUAAGCAGAAGGAAAUGAUGCGUGUGACAUGUGACCAGUGUCAUUUAAAUUACUGUCUUAAACACCGACACCCACUCGACCAUGAUUGUAAGACUGACGGCAAACCUCUGUCCCAGGCUGGACAUGCUGCUUUAAUGCGGGCUCAGAGCUCUUCCUCUACCUCUGCCUCAUCCUCUUCAGGACACGCCAGAUCAGUUUCUAAUGGUGGCAGUUCAACCAGCAGAGGUCACAAUAGCAACUCGAGCCGGCCAAUGACAACCUCUGUAUCAGCACAAAAUGUGGUGCAGCCGUCGGCGUCAUUUCAGGCGGGCAUGACUGAAGAGCAGGCCUUACAAAGAGCUCUUGAGAUGUCUUUGGCCGAGUCGAGACCAGCCUCACAGCCAAACCUGAGUCCUCAGGAACAGGAAGAUCUGGCGCUGGCUCAGGCCCUGGCUGCCAGUGAAGAAGAAUACAGACGCCAGCAGCAGAGACAACAGGUAUCGCGUGGAACAGUUAGUCAACACUAGCAUUCUUGCAUGUAGGGGAGAGAAUCCAAACAGUUGAGCUGCAGCCUUUCUUAAUGUUGGACCACUGCUACUUUUUUCCACCUCCCUCCCAAGAUGUGCUAUAACUUUUCUAGAAACCUCAUAAGCUGGAAUCUGGAUAUCCAGCAUGAUUGAUUGUCUUUAAUAUUAUUCAAAGAAAGGAUCGUAAGUUGCGCCUUCUAAACAGAAAACUACGCACACAGAUGCCCAGCAGGUUCUGUCAUUUUUACCAAUGAGUUGCUGUGUAAAUAUUUUGUAUAUGAAUAUAAAUCUCUAUAUAUGCUGAUAAUAAAACUGUUAUCACCGCCUGUGAACAAUGAAUAAAUUGUUUUAAA